UCACUUCCGGGAUAGGUGGUAGACCUCAUGGCCUGAUCUGUUUUCCUCCUCGGUCAUCCGAUUUAACUCAAAUUGACUAUUUUCUAUAGGGCAAAUUAAAUAACAGAUUCUACGCUAACCACAACCAGCAACCUCAGUUGAAGAACUGCAGCAAAGGAUAGAAAAUGCUUGUCAGUCCAUCUCCUCUGACUAUCGCUCUGCGCACCGCUGAAGAGAGGAUGUCUUUCAAAGAGACUACAGGGCCUAAGGCAAAGCCAAAGCAGCUCUUAACACAACAGAGUACAGUAUGGACAAGAAAACAGAAUGCAGUUUGCGUGAGAAGAGCAAGAAAAACCUACGGGCCAAAGUCAAAUCAGCACAUCAUCCUUGAUAAUCUCAGCAUGACUGUUCCUAAAGGGGUUAUUUACGGGCUUUUGGGAGCUUCUGGCUGCGGAAAGACGACCCUACUGAGCUGCAUAGUCGGCCGCAGGAGGCUGAAUUCAGGUGAAAUAUGGGUUUUAGGCGGUCGACCAGGGAGCAGAGGAAGUGGCGUCCCCGGUCCAAGGAUCGGCUACAUGCCCCAGGAAUUGGCGUUAUAUGGAGAAUUUACUAUUUUAGAAACUAUGAUGUAUUUCGGAUGGAUCGCAGGAAUGAAAACAAAAGAUAUUGAAAUAAAGACAGAUUUCUUAUUGAACCUACUCCAGCUUCCAGACAGAGACAGGACUGUAAAAACAUUGAGUGGAGGACAGCAGAGAAGAGUUUCAAUGGCUGCUACUUUUUUACACGAACCUGAGCUUCUUAUUCUUGACGAGCCAACAGUUGGUGUAGAUCCUGUUUUGAGGCAAAGUGUCUGGGACUACCUAGUGGAAUUAACGACUCUAAAGGGAACAACUAUAAUAAUCACAACUCACUAUAUAGACGAGACGAAACAAGCAACUACUAUUGGUCUAAUGAGAGGUGGAAGGUUUUUAGCAGAAGAAUCACCUGCAGAACUUCUGCAGAGGUAUCACUCGGAUUCCCUGGAAGAUGCCUUUCUUAAGCUGAGCAUUGUUCAAAAUAGGUUUAAAAGAAGAAGGAGCAGCAUAAUCUCUGAUGUCGUAGCAGCCAAUGCACAUGCCAUUCCUGAAUUAAGGGAUACAAACAUCGCAAUCGUAUCAGAUGCUUGUGAUAAUCAGUCAGAAAUAUCAGGAGAAUUCGGAGACAAUAUGAGCUUGGCUAAUGUCAAUGUUCCUGUUAUUCAUCCUAUUGUGGUUGAUCCCAUACCUCCUGACGAUGAUGUAGCAUUCUCCUGGAAAGAUGUAUUAUCACUGUACAAAUCUCAUCAUAUGAAAGCUCUUGUCUGGAAAAAUCUACUAUGGGUUUGGAGAAAUGUUGGGGUUAUGUGCUUUAUAUUUGGAAUGCCUAUGUUACAAAUUAUCACAUUCUGCUUGUCAAUCGGAAAAGACCCAGUAGGGCUUUCGCUAGCUGUAGUCAAUAACGAAUUUCCAGGUGAGACUCUUUGCUCUUUCAAUACGUCCUGUGUUAUCGAAGGUUUUUCUUGUCGAUUCUUACACCAUCUGAGUAAUCGAGAGUACAAAUUGAUUCCUUUUGAAAAUGUGAGUGAUGCAAACUACGCCGUCAAAAAAGGCUGGGCCUGGGCCUCGAUCUCGAUUCCGCCUCAUUUCUCACAAAUGGUAUGGGAUAAAGUCGACCAGGGUAAAGAUGCAAAUGACACUGUUCUUGAUGGAAGUGAAAUCGACGUAAGGGUGGAUAUGUCAAACCAACAAAUAGCGAUCCUUCUUAACAGAGAUUUACUACUUUCUAUGAGAGAUUUUGCACUAGAUGUUGCAUCCAGCUGUGACGUUCAAAUGAAAUUAAUUGAAAGUCCUGUUAAGUUUAAUUAUCCAAUUUAUGGCGAUGUAAUUCCUAAUUUUACCGAUUUUGCUGCACCUGGAGUUAUGCUUACCAUUGUCUUCUUCUUGGCUGUGGCAUUGACGUCAGUGACUAUGCUGCUAGAACGUAAUGAAGGAAUGUUUGAAAGAUGCUUAGUUUCUGGUAUCACUGGCCUAGAGAUUCUCAGUUCUCAUUUCAUAACACAGUUUCUGAUCAUGUUUUGCCAGUCAGCAAUUGUAAUCCUAUUUUCCAUCUACGUAUUUGAUAUAAAAAACAAUGGAAGUUUGUUCUGGGUGUCGUUGCUAAUUUUAUUGUGUGGCACUUGUGGAAUGUGUUACGGGUUUGUUGUUUCAUGUGUUUGUGACAAUGAAAGAAGUGCAACGUACGUAGCACUAGGAAGUUUUUUGCCUUUUGUCGAACUCUGUGGAAUUGUGUGGCCUGCUGAAGGCAUGCAUUACGCCCUUCGUAAAAUAAGCUUGAUACUACCACUCACCCUUUCGACAGAAUCGCUGAGGUCAAUGCUGUCGAGAGGCUGGGACAUUAGCAGACCGUCAGUGUAUAAAGGUUAUAUAUCUACAAGCAUUUGGAUUUUAUUUUUAAUGAUAGUCAGCAUACUACUAAUAAAGUUCAAGAAAGGAUAAAUUGAACUCAUAUUGAUGAUCACCAUGUAAAUAUUUUGUUUAUUUUUAUAUUAAUUAAAUUGUUGUAGUUUUAAUUUUGUUAAAAUAUUUUUGUUGUACUUAAAUAUUGAACAUUUGCUCAUAUAUUAUUUGCAUUAAUUGUGAAUAUGUAUUUAAUAGUAAAUCAUUUAUG